AUGGGACGCACAUUGACUUACCCAAAGAGGUCUGCAAACACCGUCAACCGCUACAAGCACAGAGCGACGUAUGACUUGGGAGCAAUCCAUUCCAUCAUCAACUCAACUCAGGUUCUCCAUGUAUCCUUCAAUCCCGGCCCUGAGGACCCUUUCCCCGCCAUCAUACCUAUGAUCGGGCAGAUGGGAUCGUUCGACUAUCCUUCUGCGGAUAUCAACGAGCCCCUGGACUGCUAUCUACACGGCUAUGUCAGCUCGCGGAUCAUGAACCUUGCCCGAGAAUCUCAGGGACAAGGACUGCCGAUUUGCGUGGCUGCUAGCAAAGUCGACGGGUUGAUCCUGUCCCUGACACCCAACUCUCACAGCUACAACUACCGCUCCGCUAUCCUUCAUGGCUAUGCGCAUGUCGUCACCGAUGAGGCCGAGAAGCUUUAUGCAAUGGAGCUGAUCACCAACUCGGUGCUCCCAAACCGUUGGGACCAUUCGCGAGUGCCCCCGGACCGUACCGAGAUGUCUUCGACGGUCAUUCUCAAGGUCCGAGUGGUUGACGGAAGCGGCAAGAUUCGUGACGGAGGGGUUUCCGAUGAGAAAAAGGACUAUUCUAAUGAAGAAGUGACCAACCGUGUCUGGACGGGAGUGGUACCCGUCUGGGAGACGUUCGGGGCACCCAUUCCAAGCUCUGAUAACAAGGUGGCCGUAGUACCAGACUACAUUACCGGCUUCGUUGCCAGUAAGAAUGACCAAAACCAAGGUUAUGCCCAAGACGCAGUCGGGAUAACUCUUCCCAAGGAAGAACAGCAUUAG